GUCUCCAGCUCAGCACACAUGUGCAGCAUGAUCCUGCAGUAACAGGAUUGAUCAUUUACUGAGUAUUGAGAAAGCAGCCGAGAAUCUUGGAGCCACUAUUAAUGACCAAGAACGGCUUUUGCUGACACUUCAUGCAAAAUGGAGAAGCAGUUAACAGGCACACUCGCUCUGGCAGUGUUCACAGCUGCGCUUGGCUCUCUGCAGAUGGGAUACAGCCUGGGCGUCAUCAACGCCCCACAGAAGGUCAUUGAAAGGCACUAUGCAAGAUCGCUGGGUGUCUAUAAUGAAGAACUAGCUCGUAGGGAAGGAGGAAACACAACAGAACAUGAAGAACCGACUGAUGCGUCUGUGGUCAUGUACUGGUCCUUGUCUGUGGCCAUCUUCUCCAUCGGAGGCAUGGCGUCCUCCUUUCUAGUGAGCUUUGUUAGCGACAUCCGUGGAAGGAUCAAAGGUAUGUUGUUUAUAAAUGUCCUGGCCAUAACAGCUGGGCUGCUAAUGGGCCUGGCUAAGAUGGGCACACCUUACCUCAUGGUGAUAGCAGGACGUGCUAUCAUGGGACUGUACUGUGGUCUGUCAUCUGGCCUGGUGCCUCUGUACAUUGGAGAGAUUUCUCCAGUGAAGUACAGAGGUGCUAUGGGAGCACUUCACCAGCUGGCUAUUGUAAUUGGCAUCCUUAUAAGUCAAGUCAUUGGUCUGGAUUUCGUGCUGGGAAAUGAUGACAUGUGGCACGUGUUGCUGGGUCUUUCUGGAGCUCCUGCUAUCCUACAGAGUCUGCUGCUGCUUGUGUGUCCAGAGAGUCCUCGAUAUCUCUACAUCAAACUAGGCAAAGUGGAAGAAGCAUGCAAGAGUCUGAAAAGGCUGAAGGGAGAUUACGACACCUCAAAGGACAUAGCAGAGAUGCAGGCAGAGAAAGAGGAGGCCAUGAAUGAGGCGCAAAUGUCCAUCCUGCGGCUGCUCCGUUCCUCUGUGUACCGCCAGCAGCUCUUUGUGGCCCUGAUGAUGCAUUUAUCCCAGCAGUUCUCUGGGAUCAACGCUAUCUUUUAUUACUCUACUUCGAUCUUCCAGACUGCGGGGGUUGGUCAGCCUGUGUAUGCCACUAUUGGAGUGGGAGUUAUAAACAUCAUUUUCACCCUUGUGUCGGUAAACAGACACUAAUUUAAAGGCAAACACUGGCUGCUGAGGAACAGGCUCUUGUCUCUUAGAAACAGCAGAGUGCUGUUGCCUCUCGGGUCUUACUUUCUCUUAAUGCUUUUUGAUAAUAACUCAAGACUGAUAUUGCAGAUUUUCCAACUUAGUUGAGAGCAUGUUUCUUUAGACAACAGAUUGCAACUGAAGGCAGAGCAGCUCUCAUUAGCACUGUGAUGUGUCAAAAUGUGUCAUUUAUUUAGGUUAGAUUUAUACAAAUCUGUGCUGACAUUAUCAAUCAUGCUCAUAUUUAAUAUACCAUGACCCAGUGAGACAUCUCACCUUGAAUCUUGUGAACGGAUUAAGUUAUAAUAACUGCUGGAUCUGGAGAGGUGGCUAAAGCCUGUCUUCUCUCGGCUCAUAGAGCUGGAGAGCAGCCAUAUGUUAUCGGGGACUUUGCAGUGUUUAUCUCUGCUAGUUCAAGGGCAGCCUGCAAGUGAAAACAGUUUUGAGUAAAGAGUCGAGAGCUACUCUAAAUCAAACAAUCCAUUCAGAACAGGUUUUGAUGAGUCUGGUGCAUGAAAGCGCAAUGGAGUAGACAAAGUCAUUUUCUGAUUUUCACUCAAGAAAGUUUUAGCUCUAACGAGAUGAAUAAUUAAAAUUAAGUAAUUUUGAAAAAUAUGGUUUAAAUGUGAACUCACAUGAGAUGAAGACUACAGAUAGAUGAAAACAGCGUAAUAAAAAUACAAGGGUCACCUCAUGAAGGCCACCAUGUUGUGAUCACAUGAGCAGCCAAAUAGGUUAAUUUUAUCUUGGUAACCAGGGGCUGAAUUGGGAGGGAAUUUUGGUGGUGGGGGAACCCAAAAGUCUGGUGGUGAUGUAAACAUUA